AUCAGUCUCUUGUUCGCUCUUCUCAGCAGCAAUCAAAGCAAAUAAUUAUACACAAAUAAAUGUACUUUCUAAACACUGUGGUUAUCCUUUUGGUGUCAGUUUACGUUGUCACUGCCCGGCCGGCUGAAUCACCCGUCACACCCAACACCACCACCGGCCAGAAAAAUGUGAACACCUAUCCUAACAGACCGGAGCAGACCGCUGGUUAUUCCAACCCGAUUGCCACUGGAUCUUAUCCGGCCGGAAACAACAACGGUCCAUCCUACGACAACACAAUCCCAGUAGAUGAGCUUAAUUUUCCAGGAGCUGACGCACACCGAGCUCUCGCUUCCAUGUUCAAUAUGAAUAUCCCCACCAGUGGCGGAUUCGUUGGAAAUCCAGUUCAGAAACAAAUGUCUGGAUUCGCCCCCACCGGAUACGCAUCAGGUGGGAUCUCCGCCUCUGCUUCAGCAGUCUCUAUUUCAUCCCAAUAAAUGUGCAAAUUUCUAUGUAUCCAUACCCUCACAGAACUUAUUAAAAUAUGCCUGAUUUGUACAAACUGCUAAACAAUAUUUCUUAAAAUAA